GAGCGUUGGAGGAGGAGAGGAGGAGGAGGGGAGGGGGAAAGGCCCGGUCGUGGUGGUCCGCCUCUGCAUGCGGAUCCUCGGUAUUGCUGUCAACUCACCAUCCCGCCUCUCCAUUACACGUCAUUAGGCAAAAGACUCGGCUCUGAGGCGGGCGAAGCCGAGCGGCAGGGGAGCGCUCGGUCUUGGCUGACCGGCCGGUUGGCCGGCAAACGAGGAGGUAAACAGACUUGGACAGAUUGACUGACUGAUUGCAGUCAUUUGGGUUGUACCAUGGCUUCAGGUGGCGGUGAUGAAAACCCUUUCAAAACAAACCCAGCUAACCUGCAUAAGAAGCGUUGUAGGCGCCCAUCAAGACCAGUAACAGAGGAAGGUGUUGUGCAGGAAACUGAGGACGUUUUCAGGAGUUACGUCUUCUUCCGGUACCAAUCGGAGAGAGAAGAAGGAGCAAAUGUCCCAGAGGAUCCGGAGAUAAUUGAGAUGCAGCAGCCUCCUGAAAAUACUCCAACUCUUGUGGGCCGGCAGCUUGCUCUUAUCGGAGAUGACAUCAAUCGUAGAUAUGAUUUAGAGUUCCACAAUCUGCUAUCAACCUUGCCGCUCAAUGCAGGAAAUGCUUACGACUACUUCCGGAAAAUAGCUGAUGGGCUUUUUGAAAGUGGCAUAAAUUGGGGCCGUGUGAUAGCUCUUUUAGGAUUUGGCUAUCGAAUGGCCAUUUAUGUCUUCCAGAAGGGUAUGAAGGGAUUCCUCAGUCAAAUUGCAAAAUUCAUUGCAGAGUUUGUAUUAAAAAAUAGAAUUGCACGAUGGAUUGCAGCACAAGGAGGCUGGGUUGCAGCUCUGGAAUUGGAUAAUAUCUAUAUCAAAUGGAUGCUUGGGAUUCUGGCUAUAGUUUUGAUUGGUGUAUUUGUGGUCCACAAGUUUUACAAAUCUUAGUAGGAGGAUAUUCGCUGGAGCAGGCCUCUAGCCCUGGACUGUAAAAAAUAGAGAUUCUUUUAGCAGCAGUUUACGUCUACGUAAUUGUGAAGACUUUGCUACUGAUAAUGAAUGGGAGAUACUUAACCAGAAAACUCAACUGCUAUCAAAUUGCCAAAUUCAUUAUGAAAGGAUAUUGAUUCUCAGACUGAUUUUGUGCAGGACAGUUUUAAGUUCAGCCACACUCCUCCACGUUGUAAAUUUGUAACUUGCUUUAAGGCCAUGCUGGCAAACUACCCUGGUUUUCAUCUCCUCUUCUGAAUCUUGUUCCUGUAGGAACAGCAUUGGAUGCUGAGACACAAACUAUGACCAAUAAAUGGUGUAUUACAAUUGUUUAAAGAUUGAAAAAUGUGAUGAAUGGAAAUUUUAGCCGUUAUUUAGCAAUUCAAAGGCAAAUUACUCCAUUCGUUUUUUUUUGUAUGCAUGAAGAGUUUGUUUUUUAGCAGAACGGAUUGUUCCUUGCUUAACACUUGAAGAUGAUCUUUGGGGCUCUCACUAAGAGCACUUACAUACUAUCCUUUCCAAAAUACUUCUCACUGAUGCACUUUUUGUAUGACUCCUGUACUGUACAUGAAUUGUUGCACUUGAGGAGACAAUCCAUAGUGUACACAGCAGAAAUCAAAUUCAGCUUUCAAAAAUGACUAAGAAUGCAGCUGUUGCUAAACUUAGAAGUCUUUGUCUUUCGUAGAAUUGUAUGUACAGGUGUCUCUGGCAUCAGAAUUGUGUGCCUCCAGCAAUGUCUGUUAUGAAUUAGGUAUGUGUAAUAUGGUUUGAAAUUGCAUAGUAUUUCAGGAGUAAUAACAGUCUGAAUGUCUGAAGACUGAUGAAUGGUGCUGCUGAGAUUAAAGUCUGUGACCUUAAAGGCUGUGUGUAUGAAAUCUGGGGGCCAGGGGUUGCUAAGAUAAAUUCUAAGUUUUUUUUUAGUAAGUACCUCUGCAUGAUAUGUUUUUAUGCAGAUUUGAGACUUUGAUUUAAGAUAUUAUAAUGUAAAGGGAGAACUAUAACCUGUGGGCUUUGAACAGUUGAUAUUGCAACAAUUUUCAUUACUAACAUUUGAAUAGUCCUUGUGGUCUUACACUUUAUCAUUAGGAGCUUAUCAAAUAAAAAGCACAGUUGCAAAGGGAAGGCAGCUUUCAUUUUGGGCUGACAGGAGGGGAGAAAAGUAGCAUAGCAGAAUGCAGAUUGAAAUGUUCAUAGUUUGUGGUGUGGAUGAAGCUGUACCAAGGAACAAAAACUAUAUUAUAAUUAGAUAUAGGACUGAGAAAACAAAAUUUGGAACAGAGAACUCCAAGGGAUAAAAAUGAUCUGGGCUGAAGUGCUCAGAAAUUGAAAGUUAAAAUGAGGUAAAUGAUAUGAAUAAAGUUUAGAUUAAUUUCAAUAAUAAUCAGCUUUCAAAAUUAAAGAUUGGAAAUUAAUUUUGAAAAUCUACUUGACAAUAUCUGUUGGAAACUCAGCAACCUGUUCAAUAAUAGUUCCAAAGUGUUUCUGAUCCUGGAAGUUACUUACUAAGUUUAGAAUUUGGUUAGAUUUUGCAUUAGUUUAUAUGCAGCUUAGGUCUGAGCUGUGUUAUAGAGUUUUUUUUUACAUUCUCAAUGUUGUGAGUAAUCCUGCAUUUUCAAAAUGCAGGUUUAUUCUGACAAAUUUGUUUCACUUGAAGGAUGAUCUUCGUGGGUAAUCGAGAAAGAGCAAUCUAUAGCUUAAUCUUGGAACUAGUAUUUGAUCUCUCCAAAUUUUCCUGUUGUGGAAUAGUAACAUGUAAUAGCAUGUUGCACUCCUUUAGUUCCUAGAAUGUUUUUUAUUAAAAUAAAUCAUUUGAAACCUCAUACCAGCAGCUGUGUAUUCUAGUGUAGUUGUCUCUGUUUGAACACUGUGUACAUGGCAAGGUUUAUGGCUGCUUUGAUCAAAACACUAUAUAUAAUCCAAGCCUAUAGAUGUGGAGUACUGUUUGAACAACCAAGACGACAAAGAAAUGGAAUUUCCCUGAUAUAAGGCACUUACUGUUAUCUAUCAAGAAAUCAUUUCAAUUGAUUGAAAAUCUAUUUCUCCAAAACUAUUUGAUUCUUAUAUUUAAUCUAAUUUUUCAUCAUGCUCCAAGUAGCAACUGUGACCUCUGACAUAGCUCCAGUUAUAUCUGUGGCAUCUUUGAAAGCUGUGACAUUAGCUGCUGACACCAGAAAUUUUGCUGUUCUCUUGGGGUACUUUUUUAAAAGAUCUGUUUACUAAUGAUUAAGCAGUGAUGCCUCUGUUUUAAUAGCCAUGCUGUCGAUUGUCAUAAAACCAGUCGGUAACAUUUGGUUUCUCAAUUUAUACUUGAAGUAGUAGCCUCCACAUUUGCCCUAUUGGGAGGAAGUGAGGUCUUUUUAGCUCCUUGAAUUACCUUAAUAAUUAAGUGUCUUCUGAUGUGCCACAAAACUGUGGAGACUAGAGGUCCAGAGUUCCUUUUGUAGCCUGUUGGUCUGUGCUAGAUUAAUUUGGUAUAAUGUUUAACCCUUACCCAUCAUGUAAAUAUUCUCUCUGCCUCUCAUCUCGCACAUUAAUGUUUAUGGACUCAUUUUUGUAACAACUGAAUAAAUAGUUCGCAUAAUCUUGUAGAGAAAAAUUGGAAAAUACAUUUUUACCAAUUAUGAGGCAUCUUUUGAAACAGAAUGUCAAACUUAGCUUUUCAGGAAUGCUAGUUCUUUACCUGGACAAAGUUCUGGUUAUUUUUGUUUGGUCAUGGAGUGUUUCCUUGGCUAUAAAUUUCAGUACUAUAGAGUUUUAAAUUCCAUUCAAAAUCUAAUGUUUCCAGAGUGAAAAAGAAAGACAUUACACAGACAAUCUUAUGGUGUUAAAUGAUCAGGUAAACUGUGACUUUUCUGAUUUCCUAAUAAAUUAAUGUAGCUGAAUAUUUCAGUUUACUGAAUUUUGAUGUUAAACAAAACAUACGUUAGGCAUUUAUUGCAGUGUGAUUCCAACAGAGGUAGUCUAUAUUAUAGCUGAGCACUCUGUUUUACUGACCUGCUCAGUGGAUUUCAACAUUGGCUGGACUACACUAGAAAGCCUUGGGUCCCAUUAAUGUGCUGAACUAACUGAUCUCUGGCAAGCCAGUAACAAAGAUAUUGCCAUCUGAUACUGUGUCUUUUGGUUUGAGAAUUGAUCAGCUGCAUUCAUAUGCCUGGGCAGAUCCAGCUUGAACUUAGGCAGACUGUAGAUCCACUUCUAGUUCCACCCAUUUCCCAUAACUGUCAAAUAGCUUGCUAAUGCCUGUAAAGCAUAAUAUUCCAAAAUUGCUUAAUGUCUGUCUCAGAUCCCACUCUGUUGUAUGUGAUGUGAAUGACUUUGAACAGAUUUCAAAAGAUUUUAAUCAAAACUCAUGAAGCAAGGUGUAAAGUUUUAUAGUGGGACCAUCUAGCUAAAGGUAACAGCUUGAAAUGUUGCCUCUAAUAUUAAAAUUUCAGAUUAUUGGCUCUUUAAAAAUGUGAUACAUAUUUCUGUUGUUUUCAUGAAUGAUCUAGGCUUGAAUUUUUUUUGUCUAAAACAUAAGCACCAAUUGCAAUGCCACGUUCUUCUCUCAAAGACUUUGUGACUUGCGAUAAAUAACAACUGUAAUUGACUUUGACAUACAGACAGGCUUGCUUUAUGUAGGGUGAUCCCGAUCAAAAACCUAGGUUUUAACAAGAAUUAUGAAAUGUGGUUUUCCAUUAAAUUAUAAUAGUUUUUCAGGGGACUUGUUUUUAAAAAAAUACUCAUUAGGUUCACUGGAUUAAAAUUAGAUCCCUUUGUAGGCUGACAAAGGGAAUGGCAUCAGCUUUUCUGAGACCUUGUUCUUUUCUGGAGGGCUUGGAACCAACUGGAAAUCUUUGAUUUACCAGUUUAAUUGUGCUAAGUGUAGUUUUUCCUUUUAGGACUGCAUAAACACUGAUCCCUAGCAGUAAAAUAUGCUGGAAACUUGCUCCAAGCUUCUGUCUGGUGUACAAAGGCAUCAUUUAAAAAUGUGAUGAUAACGGCCAUCUAAAUUUAUUUUUAUCUUGUUUCUUUUUGGUUCUCUUCAUGAAAUGUUUCCAUUAAUGUAGUACAAUUUAAAUCUGAUUAUUUUCAAUGUUCCUCAACUUGCAUUGCACAGUGGCUGUUUGGACAAUCUUCCCCUUCCUCAGCUGGAAAAAAAGUGCAAAUUAAUUUACACAUAAUAUUUCUGCUGUGGUGGUUUUUGGGCAGGACCAAAAGAUUCAAAUAGAAAUAAUCAUUUAGGAAAAACAUGAAGCUAUUGCAUUUGGCUUAAUGUUUUUUGGAUAAGAUGUUUCUCCCCCUACAUAUUUGUUAGAAGGUUAAAGAAGCAGAUUUACUUCAAUCCUUAUUUUGCUUCUGUAGGUAUAGAUUAUAUUGUAUUGCUGGCCCAGUAGAAAUAUUGACCAAAGUGACAAUCGUGGGCGGCUCUUGUAAUGAGCCAGAAAGGUGUAUUAUUUCAGUUUUUCUGAAAACACCUGCCUUCAUUUUGCACAGUUACAGUUAGUAUCAUGGUAUGCCACAAUAUAAUGCAUUAUUUGUAUGUAGCACUAAUAUUACGUUGUAUUGUUGUGAAAAACUCUAGCUUUUUUUAUACUUUACGUUCUGCUGGUCUAAUAUGAGUAAAAGUGAACUAACCGAUGUAUUUUUCUUACUAAAGGUUACUUGCAACCUUUGAGUAGCUAGCAACUUUUGAAAUUUCCUUAAAAUAUCCCUUUUAAACUUAAGAAUGCAUGUGAUGUUGCAUGAGGAUGUUCUCUUAAUCUAAUGUGAAUUAAAACUGAACAACUGUGAUGCUUUUUUUACUCAUUCCUUGUUGCUUUGUGUUGGAGAAGAAAGAAGCAAGUGGCAGUUGUAUAUUUGUGCAGGAAAUAAAGCCAUGCAUCUGCAACAGUGCUGUGUUUUUUUUGAACUUGAAAAAUUUCCAUAUAGUCAUAAGACAAUUGGUGCUAACAUGUAAUUUCUGUGAAGACCUGCACUCGGAAUGUCAUCUUGCACCCCAAACUCUAUCUGUACCAGGGCUAAGCAAUAGAUGAAGCAGAGUUGCAUGAAAAUCUACAACAAUCAAAAAUGACAAAAUAGGAACAAAAAAUUGGAAAGUGCAUUGUUGUGUAAUCCUUCCCUGAAGAGACUGUUUAGUCUGGUUGAUGCACGGACACACUGCUGAAUUCUCCUCUUUCUCCCACCCAACGCGCGGGCCCCCCCCCCCCCCCCCCCCCCACUCCCACUUCUUUAUUUCUUUUGUGACUUUUGCGGUUAUUCUGUCAAAUUGAAAACAAUACAGGCUGUUCGCGUUUUCUACCGUUGCCUUGGACCACUUGUAAUUUCUACUGUUUCUAACAGCCCUUAAUGAAGUAUUUACACUGAGAAAUACAUUUAUGGUUAAUUGACUUCAAAAUGAAUGCAUCAUACAAUGUAACAUCUUGACUGACUAAUAAGAAGCCUCCUUACAGAAUUGUUUUUUGGUGAACCACAUAAUCUGAAGUUUGUAUUAAGAUACAAUAAAGGUUAUGUAUUUUGUAUUUU